GGAAGGACAAGAACCAUAUCUAAAGCCCAGGCUAGUACUCCGGGCUGGGCUAGUGGCUGUCCUCUGGGACACCAGCCUGCUGGCCUGCUGUGAUUGACAGGGAAGAACCCCUGCCUCCUCUCAGAGGCCACUCCGGGGAAUUGUGAGGGGUAGGUGAAGGGUCUGAACAUUCAGGUAGAGCUCCGAGGAGACGGGUGAGCCUGAAGAGCAGGCGGGAACCCUGAGAAGCGGGUGGGGUUCUACAGAACUACCUGGGCCCCAUAGAGCAGGUGGAGGGGUCUAAGGUUCUGGUAGGGCUCCUUGAGGUGGUGGAGGCCCCCACGGAGCGUACAGGUGCCCUAGGAUGUAAAUGGGGACCCGAAGGUGCCAGUAGAGGUUCCAUGGGGCAGGUGUAGAUCCUUGGAGCAAGCGAGGGACUGGGGAACGGGUGCAGGGCGGGGCCUGAGAUUCAAGUGUGGCUUCCUGGGAGGCAGGCAGAGUUUACAGGGUGCCUCCUGGUGAGAGCACCUGACAGAAGGCCUCUGCUGUUCCUGGGGCCUCCUCACCGUAGGGUGCUUUCCCGGGCUCUGACAGGGGAGGAGGGAUUGCAUGGAUCUGCUUGGUUCUGGCCAGCCGCACGAGAGUUAGCUUGAGUAACACUCAGCCUGUCCACGCGGAGGCCAUAGCUCACAUCCAGCCUCCCCUGCCUCUCGCCAGCUCUGAUUCCGAGCGAACCCCCACCACUGUCCCUGCGUCUUCACAGAGGCAGAGCAGGCCCGAAGGUGUGUAACGUCUGUGUAGGUGGAGGCUGCUCCCAACUUUUUACCUGCCUCCCCAGCUGCCCAGGCAGCAACAAAAGAUGGAGCAGAGGCUGCUCCGCAUCCUUGUCCCUCUGGCCAGCUCCUUCCAGCCUGGAUAUCAAAAGUGAGGGUUCCCUACCCCCACCACCACUCUGCCUUUACAGCCCCCAAGCACACACUCUGGGGUUCCACCCUUCUGGGUUGAAGACUGCACCAAGCCUACUACUCCCCCAGGGUUCUCUCAUUUCCAUAGCUCCCUACCCUACAGCUGGAUGCAAAACACAGCCUUGGCCUCUACAAAGGACCUGCUCCCACCUACAGAGCUCCCUGCCUUCCCAAGCCGCUGGCCAACUUCAGCAAGCCUAGACUCACAGGGCAGCCCUACUGGAGACAGUCACUCCGCUGACCUGUUUCACAAGGCUUCUGGGCAUAGGUCUGUGUAAUUUUUUAAAAGCCAUUUCAGAAGUUCAUUCUACCCACGGUCACCCAUUUCUGCACCAAAAUGCCAAGGCUUGAAGAAAGCACCCAGGUAAUACUACCACCCACCAUACCAUUUCCUUUCCCUGCCCAGACCCCCAGACUCCAGAUGGCAGAUGCUGGACACAGGGAUGGACACAGGGACACCCUAGGCAUGGCAGGAGCCCAGCAAACUGACUUUCACUUUAUCUCAGUCGGAUGUGUCUCUGCCACCUGCCCGCCAGGGGCAUCACGUCAUCCCUAUAGCCAUGCUACCUAGGAUCAAGAUGACUUUGCUUGGUCUUGUCAUGGCCCUGGGUCCCUGGGCAGGAUGCACCAUGGAGAUCUGAAGGAACUAAGCCAGUGUGACAGCAGAGAAUUCAGGACUGCCCUUUGGGGACCUUGAGAGUAACAGCCAAGUGGUGUGUUGUGUAUGUGAUAGGCUACAAUGCAGAAAGAAAACAGCGUGUGGACCCAGAGCCCAUACAGGCCUCGCCCAAGCCUACAGGCACCUCAGGAUUCCUUGGCCAGUUCUUCUACAGGUGUUGGUCCAGCCCAUAAAGCAGGUGCUAGGGGCCUGGGGAGAGCCACCUGCUGAGCGAGUCUGGGUGGAAUUACAGGUGCCUUCCUAGCCCUGCUUGUCCCAGCCAACUGGUCCCACCUCCUGGCCUUUAGCAAGGUAAGGCCUACACGGCUGAACACAGGGCUCUCUGGGAAACAUCCCAAGCUCACACUGGGUGAAUAAGCAAGGUCUGAGUUCAAAUCUACUCCCCACCCAAUCCCCCAUCCCGUGAAAAAGGUGGGGGCAAGACCUUUUUCUCUCCCGCUGGGAGAGAAGCUCCUGGAGCUGUCUUGAGGAUUAGAUGGCUCUGAUGAUAAAAGCGAUACCUGUAUUGAACUCCAGGAGGAAAAAAAAAGGCAGCUAGAGUCAUGUGACCUAGGAUCGGGACCCUCAGCCUCUGGCACCCGCAAGGACAUCCCUCCUUGAGAUCAGCCUCAGUUCCCAGCCCCUAGUUGAAGGACCUCCCGGUUCUUUUUUUUUUUAGGGGGGGGUGUUCCAGACAGGAUUUCCCUGUAGCUUUGGAGCCCGUCCUGGAACUAACUCUUGCAGACCAGGCUUGUCUCAAACUCACAGAGAUCCGCCUGCCUCUACCUCCCGAGUGCUGGGAUUAAAGGUGUGCACCGCCACUGGCCCGACAACCUCCCUGUUCUUCAUUCCCAUACCCCUCACCUACCAAACACAGAGCCACCAGCUGUCACUUCUACUAUGGUAUCCAGCUGUGGAGGACUCGGAGCUCAAGCGGGCUGGAUCCAGAAGGACUGUAAAGUUCCCAAACCCUCCUCGUACUAGCGCAGAGCGGCCAGCACACACGGAGCCAUGGACAGCUUCAUGGAGUCGCUGAACAGACUGAAGGACGCCCACGAGAGGGAGGUCCUGGGCCUGCAGAACAAGCUCCUGGUGCUGAACUCAGAGCGGUACCGGGAGGACCCUUCCCAAACACCCUGGCUACCGCAGGCACCAAGACCAGCGGCCCACCUCAGCUGUUUGCCACACAGGGACGCGCAGAGAGUAGAGGAACUCUUUGCCAAAAACCACCAGCUCCGGGAGCAGCAGAAGGCACUGAAGGAGAACCUGCGGGUGCUGGAGAACAGGCUGCGGGCUGGCUUGUGCGACCGCUGCACGGUCACCCAGGAGCUGGCCAGAAAGAAACAGCUGGAACUGGAAAGUGCACACCUGCAGAGCCUGCAGCGCCUCUGUAUCCUCACCAAUGAGAUGAACGGACUGAGGGAGGAAAACGAGACCCUGAGGGAAGAAGUCAAGAGGCUUCGGAGCCUGGGAGACAAGGCUGCGCCUCAGGCCUGGGAGGGCACUUCAGAGACCUCGUCACCCAGGCCGCUCCCCUCACCUGGUAACCGGAAAGGUGCCACCACCACCACCGAGAACCCCCCAGGAGGCCCGGAGGAGGCUGAGGAAGAACAGCCAGAUAAGGCACCAAGCCACAAGGCAUCUCCAGUCGCCAGAGUCUCCCCAGCUGCCAACCUGUCUGAGUCAAGGACCCUGGACAUGAGCCCUCAGUGCAUCUCCAACCAGCUGCACUCGACGGUAGCCGUGCUGCGGCCUGGCUCCCGGGCCUGCCCACCGGACAAUGGAACACCCCCGCCGCUGCUGCCAUCCACCAGAAGCAGCCCACCCAGUCCAACAUAUGAGCAUGGCCUCCCUGUGGACAGCCUCCUGCGGGCCUGCCGGCCGUCAGCCGUAGCCUACGAGACCCUGAAGCGCUCCCUUCAGACCGACCGCCUCUGCCUCCUGAACCACCACCUGUCUCUGCACCUGCAAAGCCCCCGCAGCAGCCCCCUGGCUCCUGCCAUAGCUGCCAAUAACCCCCUGCCCCGGGGCCCAAAGACUAGAGAGGCAGAGGCAUGGGAGGAGCCUGGUGCCUUGGUGGGCAUUCAGGACCCACGACUGGAAGGAGCAUUGCAUCUGCUGCUGGUCCAGCAGCAGCUGCGGGCACGGGCGCGGGCAGGCAGCGCCAGGCUGAGGGUCCCAUCCACACAAGAAGACGCGUCAUCUUCCCCACCAGCUGGCUCAGGUUCUGAGAGUGAGGCCCCCGGGACAGCUCUGAGCACAGAGGCCCAGCCUGAUGGGUGGAGUCCUCAGCUCACAGGCCAGUGUAGCCCCCCAAGGAAGGAGACACAGGUGACCACUCAGGACUGUCCCCCCGACAAGCCUCUGGACCUCUCUGACCGGGGACGGUGUCGGGACAUCCCCGGAUUCACUGGCCAGCCUUUGCCACGCAACACCACAGUUGGCCACACCCACAGCCCCCAGCUGCCCGCCUUGUCCAGACCCAAGACUCACAGCCCCCAUACUCCCAGCAACGGCAGCGCGAGGACCAGAGCUCAAGAGCCUGAAGAACACUCUCCUCCCAAGGAUAUCCCAGGGAUCCAUGCCAGCCUGGCCUCUCCCGGAAGGACAGCAGAGGAGGCUGGAGGAAGGCCCAGGCCGGCACCCCACCUGCAGAGACCCGACACUGAUGGGGCCACAGAGCCCAGCAAGCUCAGGGCACAGAGGUCAGAGCUGGAGCAGCUGGAAGAGUCAGACACCAAGGGGGGCUUGACCUCUGAGGCAAGUGCAGAGCCAGGCCAGGGGCAUGCUGAGAACCAACAAGAAGGCCCACAGCAGAAGAGGAGGCGGACCUCAGACCUUCAGGAUAAAGUGCCAGGAUUAAAAGCAUGCACCACCACAGUCAACCACAAGGAACGAUGUAAAUGGCAUUGUCAUCUUCAGCGACAUAGCAUGUUCAAGGCCAGCCCAUGCUAUUAUGAGCCCCUGUCUCAAAAAGGGAAGAAAGAAAGAAAAAAAAAAAGACCAGGACUGGGGUCGUUCGUUCCUAUCCACCCGUAAGCAGCAUCCUUGGACCCUCUGCACACCUUUUGGCAGCCACAUCUGCCAGCCCUGUCUUCCUUUCGGGGUUAGGG